AUGGUGAUUCCAAUGAGUUGCAUGUACACGCCGCUGCACCCCAUUGAGCCCAGUCACCUCGUUCUGGGCGCAACCAUGGAGGAGCUGUGCUGUGCAAACUGCGGCGCCUUUUGCAGCCUGCACAGCCAGCGCGAGAUGGGCAAGUACUGGGUGUGCCUAUCCUGCAAGCGCCGCAACUCUUUCCAGAACAACACCGCCAUCACGGAGCAGCACCCGGCGCUGGUGUACGAGACGGUCGAGUUUGUGCUCGCGAACCCGCCGACGCCGGUGGUAGCGCCACCUCAGCCGCAGCCAGCGCCUGCCUUCAUCUUUGUCGUCGACACGUGCAUCCCUUCCGGUGAGAUGGCGUCGUUGCGCACGAGCCUGCUGGAGUCCCUGCAGUAUCUGCCGCGCAACGCCCUCGUAGGCCUCAUCUCCUUCGGCGCCACCGUCUCUGUGUGGGAGCUGGGCGCCAGCUCUGGCGUGGCUAUCCGCAAGUGCUACCUUCUGCGCGGCAACACGGCGAACCCGCCCGAUUCGCUGCAGAGCAUGUUUCAGGUCUCGGAAAAUCAUCCCGUGCGGGGGCGGCUGCUGGCGCCGCUGUGCGAUGUGGAGGGGGUGCUCACCUCGUUGAUCGAGGAGCUCGAGGAGGACGGCGCCGCCGUGCCGUCAUCAAAGCGGCCGCUGCGGGCCACGUCGACGGCGUUGGAGGCGACCACGUACCUGAUGGAGGCCCUCGCCCCACCGCAGAUGACAGCGCAGCAGCAGUACGUACUGUACGGGAAGCACGUAAAAACCGCUACAGCGCCCGGGGGCAAUGUAAAGAUGGGUAAGAUUCUCCUCUUCACCGGCGGCCCGUGCACGCGCGGCCCCGGCGCCGUGGUCAGCACUGACAAGGCAGACAUGAUGCGCUUCCAUCGCGACAUCAUCGAGGGCGACACACCCUACUACGAGGCAGCCUUUAACUUCUACAACGCGCUCGCGCCGCGGCUGAUAGCCGCGAACACGUGCCUCGACGUCUUCGCUCAGUCCCUUGACCAGGUUGGUGUUAUGGAGAUGCGCCGCUGCAUCGACAACACCGGUGGCACGCUCAUCAUCGAAGAUGAGACGACGGACAUCAUGUUUCUGGAGUCGCUGAAGCGUUACUGGCAGCGCUGUGAUUUGCGGGCCGGAACCGAGCGCGCAUCGGCGGCAGCGCCGCAAGGCAUGUCCUCUUCGGGUGUCGACGGCAGCUACAGUAGCGAGGACCACAGAGCUCACUGCGGAUUCGCUGUGCGCAUGGAGGUGAACACGUCCGUCGGCACGCUGCUGCGCGGUGCGCUUGGUCCGUGCAACGUGGACGUGGAGGCGAACAAGCGCGGGCCUACGCGGCUCACCUCACCGCUGGAAGUGGGCGCUGGUGGCACGACGCGCUGGUGCGUCAGCUACCUCGACAAGGGAAUGACGCUUUCAUUUCUGUUUGACACAGCCACCGCCAGCAACCAGCAGAGUGGCGCAGCGAGCGCGUAUGAGAAGCGCUUCAUCCAGUUCGUCACGCGCUACACCACGCCGCGCGGCGAGCAGCGGGUGCGCGUAACGAGCGUCGUGCAGCCCGUCGCCCCGCCGACAGCGCCGCCGGACUACUACACGACGGCUGCCGCCUUUGAUCAGACGUGUGCGGCGACGAUCGUGGCGCGCAUGGCGGUGAGCAUACUCGAGAAGCAUCCGGGCACGUGGGAUGCCGCAAAGCGAUGGCUGGAUACGCUGCUCGUACGCUUCGUGCGGCGCUACUCCACCUUCACCCCUGGCCAGCCGAACACGCUGCGCCUCGGCCCGUGCCUCUCCCUCUUCCCAUCCUUCAUGUACAACCUGCGCCGCUCCGAGUACUUCAUGGUGCUCAACAUCUCGCCUGAUGAGACGACGUUCAAACGCCACUGGCUGCUGCGCGAGUCCGUCGACAAUUGCGUGCUCAUGAUCCAGCCCACGCUGGACUCGUACGACUUGGCGAACCCGUUCGCGACGCCCAUGCAGCUCGACAGCAGCAGCCUGCGGCACGACAACAUUGUGCUGAUGGAUGCCUACUUUAACGUCCAUAUCAUGUGGGGCAGCAUCAUCUACCAAUGGAUCGAGGCAGCCUACCAUGAGAACCCCGAGUACGCCAACUUUGCCGAGCUGCUGGAGGCGGCAGAGCGUGAUGCGCAGGGGAUCUUGUCGAACCGCUACCCAUACCCGCGCUUCUCGCGCACGGAUGCCGACGGCUCCGAGGCGCGCCACGUGAAGACGCGCGUGAACCCGGCCACCAACUACCACAACUCGGACAUGCAGUACGGCGCUGGCCCCAACGGAGCGGUGGAACAGGCCGACGUCAUUUACACAGAUGACGCGUCCAUCAUGACGUUCAUGAACUCGCUCAAGAAGGCAGUAGUGACCUCCGACGGCAAGGAGGAAGCGUAG